UCGGGAGCGGGAGAACGCCGGGGAUGGGACCCCUUGGAGCGGGAAGGGCAGAGCCCCCGGGAUGGGACCCUCGGGAGGGAACCCCCCCCCCGGCCCGGGAACGGCGGAGCCCCCGGGGUGGGAGCGCCUGGAUCGGGAACGGGAAUGGGACCCCCUGAAUCGGGAAUGUGAAGCAUCCAAGGGGGAUCCUGGCCCGGGAGAACCCCGGGAAUGGGAGCCCUGGACCGGGAGUGGCGGAGCCCUGGGGACGGGACCCUCGGGAGGGACCUCCCCGCUCGGGCACCGCGGAGCAUCGAGGGGGGAUCCCGGCCCUGGGACCCCCCGGUCCGAGGAUCAGGGAGAUCCCUGGGCUUGGGACACCUGGAUCGGGAGCAGGAGAAUCCCGGGAAUGGCAGCCCCUGGACCGGGAACAGCGGAGCCCGCAGGGAUGGGACACCUGGAUCGGGAAUGAGAGAACCCCGGGAAUGGGAGAAUCCCGGGAAUGAGAGAAUCCCGGGAAUGGAAGCCCCUGGACCGGGAACAGCAGAGCCCCGGCCAGGGGUGGGAUCCCCGGCCAGGAACGGGAGAACCCCGGGGAUGGGACCCGCUGGAUCGGGAAUGGGAGAACCUCGGGAACGGGAGAGCCCCGGGGAUGGGACCCGCUGGAUGAGGAACGGCAGAGCCCCGGCGAUGGGACCCCCGCUCCAGAAGCGGGAGAUCCUUGGGGUUGGGACGCCUGGAUCGGGAAUGGGAGAACCCCGGGAAUGAGAGAAUCCCGGGAAUGGGAGAAUCCCGGGAAUGAGAGAAUCCCGGGAAUGAGACCUCCUGGAUCAAGGAGUUCGGAGCAUCAAGGGGGGAUCCCAGCCCCAAGACCCCCGGGAUGGGACCCCGGCCUCGCUGCGCUUCCUUCUGCCUGGCCUGGAUUUUGGGGGGCACCUCUGGGCUGCAGGGCGGCCUCGUUGGGGUUUUGGGGACACCUCUGGGGUUCGGGGUGUUCUCGGUGAGGUUUUGGGGACACCUCUGGGGCGCAGGGUGUCCCCAUCAGGUUUUGGGGGUACCCGUGGUGUGCAGCAUGUCCCCGUGGGGCUUUGGGACACCUUCGGGGUGCAGCGUGUCCCCACUGAGUUUUGGGGGUGCCCCUCGUGUGUGGGGUGUCCCCAUCGGGUUUUGGGGAUGCUCCUGGGGUGCGGGGUGUCCCUGUCAUGUUUUAGGGACAAAUCUGGUGUGCGGGGUGGACCCCAUCGGGUUUUGGGGAUGCUCCUGGGGUGCGGGGUGUCCCCAUAAAGUUUUGGGGACACCUCUGAGGUCCCUGUCAUGUUUUGGGGGCACCUCUGGCUCGCAGGGUGUCCCCAUCAGGUUUUGGGGAUGUUUCUGGGGUGCAGGGAGCCCCUGUUGGGUUUUGGGGAUCCUCCUGGGGUGCAGAGUGUCCCUGUCAUGUUUUGGGGAUGUUUCUGGGGUUGCAGGGUGUCCCCGUCAUGUUUUAGGGACACAUUUGGGGUUCAGGGUGUCCCCAUUAGGAUCUGGGGAUGCUCCUGGGUUCCAGGGUAUCCCUGUUAUGUUUCAGGGACUUUUUUGGGGUGCAGGGUAUCCUCAUCGGGUUUUGGGGACCCAUCUGGGGUUCUGGGUGUCGCCGUCAGGUUUUGGGGACUCUCAUGGGGUUCAGAGUGUCCCUGUCAUGUUUUGGGGAUGUUUGUGGGGUGCAGAGUGUCCCCACCAGGUUUUGGAGAUGUUUCUGGGGUGCAGAGUGUCCCUGUCAUGUUUUGGGGAUGUUUCUGGGGUUCAGAGUGUCCCUGUCAUGUUUUGGGGAUUUUCUGGGGUUCAGAGUGUCCCCAUCGGGUUUUGGGGACACACCUGGGGUGCCAGGACACCCCUCCCGUAGCCGUGCCGUCCCCUCAGCGGAGCCGUGACCCCGCUGGGCUUGGACCCCCCCUUUUCCCCACAGAUUCCCCCAAAACCACCUUCAUCCCCUGGAUUUUGGGGCCGGGAGCUGCCAGAGCCCC